CGAAAGAAUAGAAAGAGUACUUCCUCUCUCUCUCUCUCUCAGCUUCGCCCCUCUCUCUCUCUCUCUCUCUCUCUCUUGCUUUACCAGCUGUGAUUUGGAGCAACCCAUAUAAGAUUCGGUAAUGGCGUCACCGUUGAAGGUGGCGGCGGCGAUUGCAGUGGUUGUGGCGGUGAUCUGCCUGUCUCCGGGCGGUGGCGGAGGAGGAGGGAGGAUAGUGGGGGUUAUGGCUGAAGCGGGGACGUGGUGCGUGGUGAGGAGUGACGCCAGCGAGCAGCUGCUCCAGUUGGCGCUCGACUACGCCUGCAGCACCGGCGCCGACUGCGCGCCGAUUCAGUCGUCGGGGCUCUGCUACCUCCCCAACACCCUCCAGGCCCACGCUUCCUACGCCUUCAACAGCUACUUCCAGCGCCGCAGUAACGCUCCCGGAAGCUGCGACUUCGCCGGCGCCGCCACCAUCGCUCGCACUGACCCCAGCUAUGGAUCUUGUGUUUAUCCAUCGUCUGCAAGCAUGGCGGGAGGGGCAGGGGUGGGUACGGGCACGACAAACCCAUCGCUAACCGCCCCGCCUCCACCAGUCACGACCACUCCCACCUUUGGGCGAACGCCGGGACUGACACCGGGCUUCGGACCACAAGGACCGGACGCGAGCGACUCUAAGGGCCAUGUGGAGUUCUCAGUUGCAACAGUUUUGAUCCAUGUAUGCUGCCUCCAUCUUCUUCUUCUCUCAAUCAUGUAGCAAUCCGUGCAGGGCUGUGAAGUGAAGCCGCAUUGGGUGGGUGAAGAUUAGGUGAAUUAUAGAGCACAGUUUUGCUAGAAAUUGGAGCCUCAGCCUUAAAUCUUUUGGGGAAGAAUAGCUGUUCAUGUGGGUUUCUUGCAGAUUGAUCAGAUCAGCCAGCUAGGAUUUAAGUGAAUUUUGAGCUCCUCCUUGCUUCCUUCCUUCCUAUUAGAACUUCGUGUAGAUUUUGUGAAUUCAAUUCAAUUGUUGUUACAGUUUUCAGUGAUAAUUAGUUUAUUGCAGUGGCAGUGGGUGGUUUUGUAGUAAUUUUCUGGACAGUAAAGGGCUUCAGUGUUAUAAAUGAGAAAGAUGGGCUGAAGUGAGAUUACUUUUACGAACAACCUUGUCCAUAUUAUGCAAAGAGAUCCUUCCCAUUACCUAAACCCUAUGAUCUAGUCACGAAAGAGCAAUCUUUCCAUCCUUACAAGUCAUGUGGAGAGGAGCUCCAAGUGUUCCCAGGACACAAAAGUGCAUCAAAUAUUAGUAAAUUUUGUGUGGUUGAGGGCAAAAAC